AUGUCGCUAUCACCCACUGAGUACGCUCUGUGGGAGGGGGGAUGGAAGCGUAUGUUGAACCACCUUUUAGCUGAAUAUGCAGACAAUCUGGCAAAGGCAGCAUUAAUGAUCACCUGGCUGGAGAAGUACAAUACAGUCAACCAGAUGAUCAAUGCUCACUCUGAGCAACACUGCAGCAGCAGCAGCAGCAGCAGCAGCAGCGGCAGCAGCAGCGGUGGCAGUGGAGGCAGCAGAAUGUUGCGAGCAGGAUGGGUCAUGGUCCUGACCCACUACCUCCUGCUCCUCUUUCUCCUGGCCCUGCAAGCCCAGAAUGUCCAGAGUGCUGCAGUACCUGGGCAGGGAGCAGCAGAGGCCAGAGAGGGUUCUUCUCCAGCUCCUCAAACAGAUUCCAUGCUGAUUCCAAGCUGGUAUUUCAAGCAGAGAGAUCAUGAGAUUGUGCAGAAAGAGAUCUUGCCUAUGGAAGAAAAAAGCAGCAUGCCAGGCUCAGAUGAAGAAACAGAAGCAUUAACGGAUACCAGCACACCUGCUCAGCAUGAGAGCCGUUCAGGAAGGUCAGCUCCUGGGCAAAAAGCUGAGAGUGCUGGACAGUGGCAACUCAGCAUGAAGUACAUCCUAACAUCUAUGGCGGUCUCGGCUGUGCUGCUGCUUGCAGCAUUGGUUGGGUACACAGUCACAUAUCAGCUGCUGAAGGGAGACGUGAGGAAUCAGGGAGACGAAAGAGCAUCAACAGAAUGCAACACUUUCUCUUUUGGGGACAUUAAUGAUUAGAGUAAAAUGAAAGGCAAAGCAGAGUGAGGAGAAUGCUGAGGAGGGAUCAAGAGAGUCCAAGCCAACAAGUUCAACAACAGUUGCCAUGUGUCACCAGAGCUCUCUGUGGCAGAGCUGACCCAGCUGUACAAGACCAUAGGUGCAGACCUCUCACUUCUGCCUGCCAGUUGUUUGAGGGUGCC